CGGCGUUUCGCGUCGCCGUUGCCGUGACAACGAGACUCCAGCAUGUCGGCGCUGCUGGGCGAGAGUCUGUUGGAGGUCAGCGCUCAGGGCCCCGCGCCCAUGAAGGACUACUUCAGCCUCCAGGUCACUGGAACCGAGGUGAUCUGGAGGUGGUGGAAGAUCUCCCUGAGGACCAACUCACGGAACACCAAGCCUGGAGAAGUCAGAGAGUCUCACAGCGACUAUUUAGAGGACGGCAGACUGCAGAGUCAGGUGGAGAUGGUGUUUGGUCCUCACGUCUUGCAGUACUCCAGGGAUUUGUGCCAGGGCCAGUGCGAUUAUCUCCAGCGUCUGCCCGACUCUUUACUCCUGAACAUCAUGGUCCAUUUGGAGCUGGAGGACGUUGCGCGGUUUGCGCUGACCUGCCGCAAGUUUAAAGAGCUCUGCAGCUCCGAGGAGUUCUGGGAGCAGACGGUGAGGCUGCACUGUGACACGGUCACCGCUGGGAUGGAGGAUUUGGCCAAGGAAGUGGGCUGGAGAAAUGUUUUCUUCACCAGCAAACUGCAGCUACAGAAACAGAUCAGCCGCCGGAAACUGAAGAGCAAAACAUCCAAAGCUGAUCCAGAUUUUCCAAACCUAAAUGGACUGAAGUGAAGAACUGAACUAUCCAAACUCCACAGUGCUUAUAGGUGCUGCUGAGGAUGUACAAGCUUUACUGGAAUUUCAAUUUCAUCCCUACAUUUAGAGCCGGUUAUUCAUUCAUUGUAUUUUCACAACAGUUCUGUAAAGCUUGUCCAACCUCACAGCAGAAGCUAUGAAAGAGUACAUUUGUUGGCGGAGCCUGUGGAGCGACGUUUACAAACUUCUACACACGAAUGCCACCUGCACUGGAAAAAGUGUUGAAUUGACACGAUUCAAUAUGAGCAUCAUUUCCACACAGAUUAAAUAUGUUACACACUGAAUUAACACUUUCAAUCAAAUAAUUUCACUGCAGCAUCUUUUUUUUCCAGCAGCAACACUGAGGUGUUUAAAAACUCCAGCAGUACUGCUGUGUCUGAUCCACUCAGACCAGCACAACACACACUA